AUCUGCACUUGUUUUUUAGGAGUUGUCUUCCCAAACCAGAAUUCCUAUUUCCUAAUGCACUAAAUCCUCCUUAAGUAACCCAAAUUUCUUGAAGUUCACAAAACUCUACUGAGAGGAGCAUUUCAUGAUUGCUACUUGCUUGCAGAGACGUUCACUGUCAAGAUAUAAAUGUUCAAAGAGUUUUUCUUGUUUACCAAGCCACUAAAGCUGCAAGAGCAGUGAAGGAUACUUCAACUUCCAGAUUUCCAAAAGCUCAAAAUUGCAUUUGCUUGCUUUUCUACAAGAACAUUCUGUAAAAGAAGUGCACUCAAGUUUGUGCCAAUGAAUCCUCUAGAUGCUAAGGAGGACUUCAAGCUGAAGGAUACCAAGCCUCAGCUUGGAGAACGAUGGCCACAUGGUGGAGCACGUGGAGGAGGCGGAUGGAUUAGCAGCGACAGAGCUACAAGCACCUAUGAUCUUGUUGAGCAGAUGUUUUAUCUCUAUGUUCGAGUUGUCAAAGCCAAAGAUCUUCCCACAAACCCUGUAACUGGAAACAUUGACCCGUAUAUAGAAGUGAAACUUGGCAACUACAGAGGAAAAACAAAGCAUUUUGAGAAGAAAAUCAACCCUGAAUGGAACCAGGUCUUUGCAUUCUCGAAGGACAAGAUUCAGUCUUCAGUUCUUGAAGUGUUCGUUAGAGACAGAGAGAUGGUUGGAAGAGAUGACUAUAUCGGGAAGGUAGUCUUCGACAUGCAUGAAGUGCCUACAAGGGUUCCACCAGAUAGCCCUUUAGCACCUCUGUGGUACAGAUUAGAGGACCGGCACAAGGAUAGCAAGGUAAAAGGAGAGGUAAUGCUUGCAGUCUGGAUGGGAACUCAAGCUGAUGAAGCUUUUCCUGAGUCUUGGCAUUCAGAUGCUGCAACAGUGCAAGGAGAAGGUGUUUACAAUGUUCGAUCAAAAGUUUAUGUAUCACCAAAACUCUGGUAUCUCAGAGUCAAUGUGAUUGAAGCUCAGGAUGUAGAACCACAUGACAGAAGCCAAAUGCCACAGGUUUUUGUAAAGGCUCAAGUUGGAAACCAGGUACUCAAAACCAAGCUAUGCCCAAUUCGCACGUUCAACCCAACAUGGAAUGAAGAUUUGAUUUUUGUGGCAGCUGAACCUUUUGAGGAACAGUUGGUACUUACUGUAGAAAAUAAGGCGACCUCUGCAAAAGAUGAAGUUAUGGGAAGGCUAAUGUUGCCCCUUCACAUCUUUGAGAGACGAUUAGAUCACCGACCUGUCCACUCUAAAUGGUAUAACCUUGAAAGGUUUGGGUUCGGUGCUUUGGAGGGAGACAAGAGACAUGAGCUCAAGUUUUCAAGCAGAGUUCAUCUCAGAGUCUGUCUUGAAGGUGCUUACCAUGUACUAGAUGAAUCAACAAUGUACAUAAGCGACCAGCGGCCAACAGCUAGGCAGCUGUGGAAGAACCCUAUUGGCAUUCUUGAAGUUGGUAUCCUAAGUGCUCAAGGGCUUCUUCCAAUGAAGCCAAAAGAAGGUAGAGGAACUACUGAUGCUUAUUGCGUAGCCAAGUAUGGAUUAAAGUGGGUUCGAACUAGAACAAUCCUCGAAAGCUUCAAUCCCAAGUGGAAUGAGCAAUAUACGUGGGAGGUCUAUGAUCCUUGCACAGUGAUCACAAUAGGAGUUUUUGACAACUGCCAUUUAGGUGGAACUGAAAAACCAGCUUCAGGUGGUGGAGGUCGUGGCGAUUCAAGAAUUGGAAAGGUAAGAAUUCGACUAUCCACCCUUGAAACAGAUCGAAUAUACACACACUCUUAUCCACUUCUUGUUCUGCAACCAUCUGGACUGAAAAAGAUGGGAGAACUCCAACUAGCAGUUAGGUUCACCUGCCUAUCUCUGGCAAAUAUGAUUUACCUCUACGGGCAUCCAUUACUACCAAAAAUGCAUUAUUUGCAUCCAUUCACUGUAAAUCAGCUUGACAGUUUAAGAUAUCAAGCCAUGAAUAUUGUAGCUGUAAGGCUCGGCCGAGCCGAGCCUCCACUAAGGAAAGAAGUUGUUGAGUAUAUGCUGGAUGUAGAUUCUCACAUGUGGAGCAUGAGAAGAAGCAAAGCUAACUUCUUCCGAAUUGUUUCAUUGUUCUCUGGUGUGAUUUCAAUGAGCAAGUGGCUUAGUGAAGUAUGCACGUGGAAGAAUCCGGUCUCUACUCUCCUAGUUCAUGUUUUGUUUUUCAUUUUAAUCUGCUAUCCAGAGCUAAUUCUUCCGACUAUGUUCCUAUAUAUGUUCUUGAUUGGAAUAUGGAAUUACCGAUUCCGACCUAGGCAUCCACCUCAUAUGGACACAAAACUAUCAUGCGCAGAAGUUGUUCAUCCAGAUGAACUAGAUGAGGAGUUCGACACUUUCCCUACAUCAAAGCAGCAAGAUGUAGCACGAAUGAGGUAUGACAGACUUCGAAGUGUUGCAGGAAGGAUUCAGACAGUGGUGGGAGAUAUGGCUACACAAGGGGAGCGAUUUCAGGCUCUGCUUAGUUGGAGAGACCCAAGAGCAACCAGCCUCUAUGUAAUUUUCUGCUUUAUUGCAGCUGUAGUUCUCUAUAUUACACCUUUCAAGAUAAUUGCCUUAGUUGCAGGCUUAUUUUGGCUUAGACAUCCAAGGUUUCGAAGCAAGCUACCAUCGGUUCCAAGCAAUUUCUUCAGGAGAUUGCCAUCUCGAGCUGACAGCAUGCUCUGAAAAGGAGAAAGAGAAAGUUUCUUUCCUGUUUGCUUUCCAGCUUCUAUUAUGUUUCUUAGAUCUGUUUCUGAUAAACUAUCAUUUCUGA